AUGGUCGAGAUGCGGUUGUAAGUUUUUUUUUUGUAUUCAAUAAUUGUUUAAGUUUUUUUAGAUACAAAAUUCAAUAUUUGUAUAAAAAAAUGUAGAAUCAAGUUCUAAGCUUCAUAAGCUACAAUUUUUUUCUCAAAAAGGAUUACAAUAAACUUUUUUUAUCCGGUCGUUCCUGAAAAUAUGUUUUGGCUGUUUAUUUCAAAGCAAAUGAGCUCAAAACAGGUUUUAAAGUUUUUUCUAUUCUUUUUUGAAACCGUUCCGGGUAUCUAAAGAAGCUUAGCAGGGAUUUUAUGAUUUCAGAGUUUUCUAUUUCAAAUUUAACGAAACUUUGAUAUUUCAACUUCAGGUGGAACCCCCAUGUGAAACUUAUUGAAGAUGGCAAUGUAUCUACCAGGUAAGAGUUUGCAAAAAUUUGUUCAGCUUUUUUUAUAAAAAUUGAAGCUCGGAAUCAAAUGAUUUUUCUUUGAAUUUUUCAAAUUUUUAGUGGCAUAUUUUUGAUAAAUGUUUGAUAGUUGUUGAGUGGCCGGUGGCUCUAGAAAAAAAUCUGAAAGCUUUUUCGAGUAAAGGAAGUAUAUUCAUAUAUCAAAAUUGCUUCAAGUUUUUUUCAAUUUCAGCUCACACGAUACAAGUAAUCCGGCUGGAAAGAAAAAAGACGACUUGCAUACUAUGAAGUAAUUGUUCAACAAAGUAAAAACUAACCUAUGAGGAUUUAGAUCUGUUGUGGCCGCUCUUGAAACCAUCGCGAUAAUGCUUUGCUGUGGUGUGUUUCUCAUGUUAUUGUAAGUGAAUCUGUAUAUUUUAUUCAAAAAGAGAGGGUUUUAAGGCUUCUCUGUGCUCUAUCGAGAGGGUCGAGUUUAAUGAAUGAGGAAAAAGCCGUUGCGCCAGUUCUUCCGCCCGAUGGAAUUUUCUCAGAAUUCAUGAUUUUCUCAGAAAAGUCAGUGAAAAUGUUCUCACUGUUUCAAUACAAGUGUAUCACAGGAACAGCCGGAAAUACGGCUCAAAGGAUGAAGUCACGAAAAGAUUGGACGCCUAUAAAAGCCAUUCUGAAAGAAUCGAGACGUGGAAAGUUUCGAAAGAGCACGGAAAUGUCGAAUAUGGUCACAAUGAUCUCUCUGAUUGGACCGACGAAGAAUUCGAGAACAGUUUGAUGUCCAAGUCUUUCUACCAGCGCCUUCGGAAAAACGAGUUCUUGAAGCCUGUUCCGGAGUCCUUGGCUCAGAUGAAAGGUACUUUUCCAGAAAUUUCUGAAUUGAAAAAGUAAAGAAGAAAAACAUUUUAAGAUUUUCGUAUUCAAAAAUCGAUUUCGAAGGAUUGAAAUAUAUGUCUUGAUGAUUGAGCUCUUUGAUUCCGCUCUUCUCUAUCUCGAGUUUCAAUGCAAAAUUAUACUUUAAGGAGAAGCUGGAGCACCUUUCCCCGACUACUUCGACUGGCGUGACCGAAACGUUGUUACUCCAGUCAAAGCUCAAGGUUCCUGUUCCUUACUAUAUGUUUCUAAUGAAUAGUUUCAGGAAAAUGCGGCAGUUGCUGGGCCUUUGCUUCCACCGCCACUGUUGAAGCUGCUUGGGCCAUCGCUCACGGCGAAAAGAGAAACCUUUCCGAACAAACUCUCCUUGAUUGCGAUUUGGACGACAACGCUUGCGAUGGUGGCGACGAGGAUAAGGCAUUCAGGUGCGUCUUUUUGAUAAAAAUUAGUGAUAAGAAAAGGCAAUUUGAGGUUCAUCCACCGAAAUGGUUUGGCCUACGCCGCGGACUUGCCUUAUGUGGCUCAUCGACAAGAAACUUGCCGUGUGAGCAGCAACUGGAACACAACUAAGAUCAAGGUGAUUAUAAUCUGUCUACAACUUUUGAGGCUUUUGGGGUCAAAGUUUAAUGACAAGAUUGGAGUUCAAAAGGAUCGUAUAGUUUCGGAACAAUUAUUCAAAAGGAUAAGUGCCUUGAGAAUUUUAUUCAUACGCACUGAAAAUUUCAGCAUCGCCUUAACGUCAAAGAAAAAAAAAAGCAUAGUUAGUCUACAAUUGAAAGUAUAAGAGAUGAGCUUUAGACGACAGCUCUAACAGCUCUCAGAAAACCUACAAAGAAAAAUUUUUUUACCACCUGAUUGAGCUUUUGAUGAUUCUUUGAAGCAUAUUCAGGACCUUCUGAUUUUGGAUCAAGUAAAAAAAAUUUCGCAAUGGAUCUUUUUUCUAGUUACGAAGCUUCAAAGUGAGCAAAUUAUGACAAAAAGCGCUUUUUCAAGGUUUUAAAGGGUCCUACCUCGAAAACGAGAUCUAUUGCGAGAAAUUUUUUGGGGUGAAAAGCUUUUUAGUUUCAAAAAGCAAAAAUCUAAAUAAAAGAGAUAAACAUGAUGGUGGUUAGAAACUGAAAAUUCAAACAAAAUUCGAAAAAAACGAAUCAAAAAAAUUGUCAUGUUGAGUGUCCUGAAGAAACAUUUAUUCAUUUUUCCAAAAAAAAAAAUAUUUUUAGGCUGCUUAUUCCCUGCACCAAGACGAAGAAUCGAUCAUCAACUGGCUUGUCAACUUCGGUCCCGUUAACAUUGGAAUGGCUGUCAUCCAACCAAUGAGAGCUUACAAGGGCGGCGUUUUCACACCCUCUGCUGAAGCUUGCAAAAACGAGGCGAGUCGAACAAAACUUUCCAAGAAAUAUAUUGAUUCAAGGUGAUUGGACUCCAUGCACUGCUGAUUACUGGCUACGGAACUUCGAAAGACGGUGAGAAGUAUUGGAUCGUGAAGAACAGUUGGGGCGACACCUGGGGCGUCGAGAACGGCUAUAUCUACUUUGCUCGUGGCAUCAACGCCUGUGGAAUCGAAGACGAACCAAUCGGAAUAUUGGCUUAA